AUGGCGACAGUGGGUGCGCGAAAACUAGCCCCGGAGGCUCGUGAACCGGGACCUGGAGCUCGACGGCAUCACCCAGUAGAUGACCUCGGGCAGUCAGCGAGGCCAGGAACUCCCCUGAAGGCACGGCGCCGAGGAAAAGUCUGCCCGGAGGACUCCCCAGGCCUCGCCAUGUCCAGAUUCCUCGACGCCCACCACCAGGAACUCGAGGACGAGUGCGGCUCCCUCGAUGAGCUCCAGAACAUCCAGAGCGUGAUCAACGUCACCCGCCAGAACAUGGACGCCCUCACUAGCAAGUUCGCGAACUUUCUCCAGCCGCCGGCGAUCUACCUCCUGGAGUACUCCGAGCUCACAAGCAAGCUUCACGAGCUGGAGCUCAAGCAGCAGCAGCUCGUUGAUAAGCUCACCGCUGCUGGCUAUCAGGAUGAUGUUCUUGAGAGGUACAGAUGCCCCAGGACUCCCCUCAGGUCUCUUCUUCGCGCUCAUCUGCCCAAUCAGCAGCGCACCAGUGUUCAGGUGAAAGAAGGAAUGGCCCUGCGAGACGCUCUAGCAAAAGCGAUGAAGUUGCGCAAUUUGACCACAGAAAUGUGCGGCGUGUACAUAGUAGGCGCAAACAAUUCCAAGUACCCAAUCCCGUGGGACACGGACAUCUCCUCCCUGGAAUGCGACGAGAUAUCCGUAGAAAUUCUGGACAAGUUCCCAAUCACUACAUCAAUCAGCCACAACUUUGUCCGGAAGACCUUCUUCAGCUUGGCGUUCUGCGAGUGCUGCCGCAAGCUGCUGUUCCAGGGUUUCUACUGCCGAACUUGCAACUACCGGUUCCACCAACGAUGUGCCAACGGAGUUCCGGCUCUGUGCACCCAGUCCCGAAUGCAGGACGCGUAUUACCAAGCUCUGCUGGCACACAACCCUGAGACAACUGCGGGAAUCUUGCAGCUUCCUUCAAGCUACGCUUUGGCGCGUCAUGCACCCCUGGCUCCUCGGCGGCACCCAAGAACGCUGAACCAGCAGGACCGAAGUUCCUCAGCUCCUAACGUCUGCUGCAACAUGAUCAAGCCCUGCGACUCCGAAGACUUGCGGAAGAAUUUAAGGAUCGAAUUUUUCAACGGAACCACAAAUGCUAGAGACGGAAAAGAAGAACAGGAAAAAUCAGGACACGGGCUGAUUGCCAGGAUUUUAUUUUACCGAAAAUGGAUUGGCUAUCUUUAA